GAGUAGAAAGAGAAAAGCCUCAGCUGUUUGUGGUGCUAUCCAUAAUUCCCAUCCCUUUUGAUGAGUGAGAGUGAGAAUGAGUGAGUGAUUCUUUUUUCUUUUGGAAUUUUGAGGAAACAAAAUCAAUCACUGCACGGAAGAAAGGAAGGAGGAAAGAUGUCAAUGGCAUCCGUAUCGAUUUGCAGAGCAACGAUUCCAAUUGCCCAUAAUGCUCACAAUCAUCCCCUUUCUCUCAAAUGCUCUUUCAUCAACAACGGCAGCAAUAAUCCUUUUCUCCUGCAACUGCACCAACCGCACCGUUUUAAACCGUGCAGCGGGAAAGGGAGGGGCAUGGUGGUCAGAAUGGGCUACGAGGCAGGCGUGGGAGUGAUGGCGACCAAGCUGGGCAUGAUGAGCUACUUCGAGCCCAACGGAAAGGUCGUCCCGGUCACCGUGGUGGGAUUUAAAGAAGGAAACAUCGUGACCCAGAUCAAGACCGAGGCCACCGACGGCUACGACGCCGUCCAGGUCGGCUACCGGAGAGUCAGGGACCGCAAGCUCACAAAGCCAGAGCUGGGUCAUUUACAGAAGGUGGAUGCCAUUCCUAUGCGCCAUCUUCAGGAGUUUCGAUUGGUGUCAGUGGAUGGCUUUGAGCCCAACCAGCGGCUUGUGUUUGAUGAAAUUUUCAAGGAGGGUGAUCUUGUUGAUGUCGCCGGCACCACCAUUGGCAAGGGUUUCCAAGGUGGAAUCAAGCGGCACAACUUUAAAAGAGGUCCAAUGACCCACGGUUCCAAGAGUCAUAGAGCUCUUGGAUCCAUUGGUGCUGGAACAACACCAGGUCGUGUAUACAAGGGAAAGAAGAUGCCUGGAAGGAUGGGAGGAACCAAGACAAAGAUCAGAAAGCUUAAGAUUGUCAAAGUUGACAAUGAUCUUAAUGUUGUCAUGAUUAAAGGUGCUCUUCCCGGUAAGCCAGGAAAUCUUUUAAGGAUAACUCCAGCAAAGAUUGUAGGGAAGAAUAUUCCAAAGAGUUAGGCUUUUUUUAACUUCUUGUUUUAUCGUUGUGUAUUUUUGCGUUGUCAAAUUACUGUAACACUUACUGAUUGUUAGCAUAUUGUCAUUCAGCAUUAUAUAUAUUGUCUUUGGCCUUUUUAAUAGAUUAUGCUAAUCAUGGCUUUUGACU